AUGGCAGUUUCGGAAGAAGAAUCUUCAUCCGCUUCGUCUUCACGGCCGCACUUGAAGAAUGACGCCGACGCUUUCUAUUUGGCCAAGACAGUCCUCAGAGGCAGCGUCAUUAUUCAGGCUCUCUGCGGCCACUUCCGCUUCCCCACCUCUCAAGAUGUUGUCCUCGGCAAGGAGACAUCUAUAGAACUGGUGAUAAUUGAUGAAGAUGGCAUCGUUCAAUCCAUAUCUGAACAGCCGGUGUUUGGUACGAUCAAAGAUCUUGCCGUACUUCCCUGGAAUGAGAAGUAUCAAGUCCAGAGCCCAAAGAUGCUGGGGAAGGAUAUGUUACUUGUCAUUUCUGAUUCCGGAAAGCUUUCGUUCUUAACGUUUUGCAAUGAAAUGCACAGGUUCCUUGCGUUAAGCCAUGUUCAAAUUUCUGGUCCUGGGAACUCGAGGCAUCAGGUUGGGAGGAUGCUAGCCAUUGAUUCCAGUGGCAGUUUUAUUGCUGUUAGUGCGUAUGAGGAUCAGUUGGCUAUUUUCUCACUUUCGAUGUCCCAAAGCGGUGAUUUCAUUGAUAAGAAAAUCUUCUGUCCUUCUGAGAAAGAUGGGCGCCUCAAAACUGCGAGAGGUACUACUAAUAUUUCUGGCACUAUAUGGAGCAUGUGUUUCAUAUCACAAGAUUAUCAUCAGCAUAACAAGGCGUGCAAGCCUGUAGUUGCCAUUCUUCUGAAUAGGUGGGGAUCUUUUUAUAGGAAUGAGCUUCUGUUGUUGGAAUGGAAUAUUGAGGAACAACAUGUCCAUGUGGUAUAUCAGUUUGCAGAAGCUGGACCUUUAGCAUAUCAUAUAGUUGAGGUCCCUCAUUUACAUGGAUUUGCCUUUCUGUUUAGGGCUGGUGAUAUUGUCCUUAUGGAUUUUAGGAACGUUCACAGCCCUUCUUGUGUCUAUAGGACAAGCUUAAAUAUCUCACUAAUGGAGGACAAGAAAAUUAGCAAUAUCAUAAGAAUACCUGAUAUUAUGGACGAGGAAGGUAUUUAUAAUGUUGCUGCCUCUGCUUUGCUGGAGCUUGGUGACAUAAAUAAAAGUGACGAUCCAAUGAAUAUUGAUGAUUAUAGUAGCGUGCAACCUAGUCGCAAUCAUGUAUGCUCAUGGAGUUGGGAACCUAGUUCUGAACACGGUCCUAGGAUAAUAUUUAGUAUUGACUCUGGAGAGCUGUAUGCUAUUGAAGUGCUUUUUGAGUCUGAUGGGCUCAGAGUAAAUUUAUCAGAUUGUCUUUAUAAAGGCCUACCAUCCAAUGCCCUGUUGUGGCUUGAUGGUGGUUUUGUGGCAGCCAUUGUUGACAUGGCUGAUGGAAUGGUCUUAAAAUUUGAAGAGGGAUUUCUACAAUAUAAAAGCCCGAUUCAGAACAUUGCACCAGUCUUGGAUAUGUGCAUUGUUGAUUAUCCUAAUGAGAGACAUGAUCAAAUGUUUGUCUGUUCUGGGAUGGCAUCCGAGGGAUCCUUGCGGAUUAUUCGAAGUGGCAUAAGUGUUGAAAAGUUGUUAAAAACUGCUCCAAUUUAUCAAGGUGUAACUGAUACAUGGACCAUCAAAAUGAAAUUUUCCGAUCCUUAUCAUUCUUUUCUUGUAUUAUCAUUUGUUGAGGAAACCAGGGUUCUUUCUGUUGGCCUCUGCUUUUAUGAUGUAACUGAAUCAGUUGGUUUUCAGCCUGAUGUCUGUACAUUGGCUUGUGGUAUUGUGGCUGAUGGCGUGCUUGUCCAAAUUCACCAUUGCGGAGUUAAACUUUGUUUGCCUGCUGGAACUAGUCAUUCCAAUGGCACUCCUUUGUCAUCUCCAGUAUGCACCUCAUGGUUGCCUGAUAAUAUGACCAUAAGUCUUGGAGCUGUCGGCCAUGACAUGAUAGUUGUGGCAACAUCAAGUCCUUGCUUUUUAUUCAUCCUUGGCGUUAGAUCUUCAUUGGAAUAUAAUUACGAAGUUUAUCCGAUGCACUGUGUAAAAUUACAGAACGAGUUGUCGUGUAUUUCCAUACCUCGAAAGGACCUCGAACUGAAUCGUGUUUUGAUGGGUUAUGCUGAUGACAACAAUGUAACAUCAUUUGCCUCUGGAAACGAUUAUGACUGUUUGUUCGUUAUUGGUACUCAUAAACCUUCGGUAGAAGUUGUAUCCUUUACACGUGAUAAGGGACUUCAAGUUCAUGCCAUAGGAAUCAUUUCAUUAAUGAACACCAUGGGAACUACUAUCAGUGGAUGUGUCCCACAAGAUGUAAGGCUUGUCUUAGUUGAUCAUUUGUAUGUCCUGUCAGGACUGAGAAAUGGAAUGUUACUUAGGUUUGAGUGGCCUAGUGCUGCUAAAUUAUCUACAUCCGGACCACCUGGUCGACAAACUGUUGCUAGUUCCAGCAAAGUGGACCUCCAUGUGUUGUCAGAUUCAGAAUCUCCAAAUAAUAAGGUGUUCCUGUACAAAACAUGUGGCAAGACUGAAAGAGAGUUACCUGUAAAUCUUGAGCUUAUUGCUGUACGCCGUAUUGGUAUUACACCCGUUUUCUUGGUACCAGUGAGUGAUUCGCUUGAUGCUAAUGUGAUUGCUCUCAGUGAUAGGCCUUGGUUAUUACAGAGUGCAAGGCACAGCCUCUCUUAUACAUCCAUCUCCUUCCAGCCUUCAACUCAUGCAACCCCUGUGUGUUCAGUUGAAUGCCUCAGUGGAAUUUUAUUUGUUGCAGAUAACUGCCUGCAUUUGGUGGAAAUGGUGCCAAGUAAGAGACUUAAUGUGCAGAAAUUUCAUCUUGGGGGCACUCCAAGGAAAGUUUUAUAUCAUAAUGAAAGCAGGUUGUUGCUUGUCAUGAGGACGGAAUUAGAUAAAGAUUCAUGGUCGUCUGAUGUUUGCUUUGUGGAUCCUUUGAGUGGUGCUAUCUUGUCAUCUUUUAAAUUUGAACCUGGGGAGACAGGUAAAUGCAUGGAGUUUGUAAAAGUUGGAAAUGAGUACGUGCUAGUGAUUGGAACUAGCCUAUCUGCUGGACCAGCUAUAAUGCCUAGUGGAGAAGCUGAAAGUACUAAAGGCCGCCUGGUGGUUCUCUGCCUUGAGCACAUGCAAAAUUCAGACAGUGGUUCUGUUACCCUACGAAAUUCACCUGGUGGUGGCUAUGCUGCAGAGCAAUUUUCUAACAGUAGUAUCUGCAGCAGCCCAGAUGAUAAUAAUAGCUGUGAUGGAAUCAAACUUGAAGAAACCGAAGCUUGGCAUUUUCGCUUAGCUUUUUCAACCCCCUGGCCAGGGAUGGUCAUUGCUGUCUGUCCUUAUCUUGACCGUUAUUUCUUAGCUUCUGCCGAUAAUGUAAGUCCAGAACGCAACUUGACUCUAAGUUGUUCAUAUUAUAUGGGUGAGAUUGCCAUGAGCAUGAGGAAGGGAUCAUUCUCAUACAAACUCCCAGCUGAUGAUAUGUUGAAGGAUUCUGAUGGCACCAAUAAUAAUGUUAACUCGUCGCGUAACUGUAUCAUGGCAUCAACACUAUUGGGGAGUAUAGUAACCUUCAUCCCAGUGACAAGAGAGGAAUAUGAGCUAUUAAAACAUGUCCAGGCUAGGCUAGUGGAGAACCCUCUUACUGCUCCUAUUUUGGGAAAUGAUCACAGUGAGUUCAGAAGCCGUGAAAGUCGGGCCGGAAUAACCAAGAUGCUCGAUGGUGACAUUUUGGUGCAAUUCUUGGAGCUCACAAGCAUGCAGCAACAGGAUGUGUUGACACCUCCAACCACCAUUAUGUCCACCUCCAAAUCAUCCACACGAGUUCUGGUUAAUCAAGUUGUUAGACUGCUUGAACGCGUACAUUAUGCUGUAAACUAG